GUCUCCGUCAGAUUCUUCACAUCCUUACUCUGGUCCUUACUUUGGUCAUUCGUUUCUCUCCCUCAUCACCCUAUUAUAUCCAUUCCUAAUCCAUCAUUGCAUUUUCCUUAAUUUCCCCCCGAGGUGUUCAACUUUGCCUCUGCACCUUACGCUCUUUUACUCGAUUCCCUAUUAUCCGCGCAACGUCCUGAUAGCACAGUACAGCAUUUCGCGUUGCGUGAAUAUAUAACGACGAAACAACUGGGUCUGACAGGCAAACCGUGCUUCAGAUUUAAAAUUAAUAUUCCCAUCAUCACUCAUCCACGUGUCACAUAAAACUCCAUCUCAAUAAAAACCUCAAAAGAAGGGGAGGGACGGAUACAUCCAUUAGUUUCCCACCCUUCUCAUUCUCGACCCAUUCUAGUAUUAUUAUACUUUACUAGUCGCCAUGCAUUCAACACGACUUAUCCAUCUAAUGAUGGCGGCACUCUCAGUGACCGCUGUCACCGGAGUAGCAUGGCUCGAUAAUCAGCACGCUGGCGCAGGUCAACUCGCGGUCAGGGCGGACGGGGCGGACGAUCUCAUCUCAAUUGGUCCUGAUCUCGCCGCCGCCUCUUCCACCGAUGCCGCCGAUCCAACCACAUCCAGUGAUGAUGCAGCAGAUGAUUCGACGACAUCAGCUCCUCCCGCGGAAACCACGUCUGAUACCCCAACCACCUCUAAUGAUUCCACUCCAACGCCUACAACAAGUGAUGAAUCUACCCCAACGCCUACAACGUCUAACAACCCAACCCCGACAACUACGGGAGGGACGACGGUGACGACGCCUCCGCCAAAUACGACUCGCACAACUCCUUCGUCCUCGGCCACGACCCCGACUCCCUCGGAGACAUCCAGCGAUAGCGAUGGCAAUGGCGGCGAUGACACAACCGAAGUCCCUCUCACGACGCCGCCACCUACUACGUCUACUUUCAUCACCGUAAUUACUUCUACUGACGCGGCGGGACAGACCCAUAUCAGCUCAUCAUCCAGCAUUAUCGUGUCGACACCUUCUCCUGUUGCCGAUACCAGCGGUGGCAAUAAGGAACCCGGAAUGAGUGCACAAGUCAGGAAUACGAUCAUUGGUGUUUGUGUCGGUGUUGGUGGCGCGAUUGUCCUGGCAGCUGCAGGUGUACUAUUCUGGAGGCUUCGCAACAACAGGCGAAGCCAGGAAGAGAACGAGGAGCUGGUCAGCUACGGCGAUGGAUUUGGAGGUCCCGGAACCGCAGAGAAGUCGGAGCCUAGUGGUAGUACUGCCGGCCGCAGCCCGUUCCAGAGCACCCUCGAGAGCUACCACGCGCCGACGCAAACAAACGCUGCUUCUAACUUCUAAGCGGGGACAAUAUACAUUAUCCCAGCAUAAAUCUCGUCUCCUACUGAUUAUGCGGCAUUGUUUUAGUCCCGCCGGCGUUAGGGUUGAAGGUAUUCAUUCGCAUGGCAUCACGUCGUCAUUACGUUGCCCGCAUUUUCAUAAGCCGAUAUCCACGAGGAAUAGAAAAAUAUCCCCUAUAUUUUCAAGUUACGACGUGUACUAGAAGAAGGCGAGGAGGACCGCGUAGUCCCACGAGACCACGCGCAAAGUUAGUCGUCUAAUUGCAGCAGCUCUGGUUAGAGGCGGCAGAUAGACUCGGCCGAGCACUGAAGGAAAGAGGAAGCUCUAUGACGUGAGUCUACGUAGCUGAGAGAAAUUAAAGGAGAGUGUGAAUCUUUGUAUACAGCUUCGUAAUACCAGCUUCUUCGAUUCUGCAAAAUUAAAGUAUAUAUGCAUUAAUGCAAAAGUUGUCCCU